AUGGGGCGAAAUCAGCAACACAAGAAGCACAUUAGGGCCGAAAAGGCCAAAACGAAGCUGAAGCAACCGAAAACCACAUUUCUGCCCAAAGGACAGAAUGUGACCGACACCUCGUUUAAAGUGCGGCCUAUAGUGCUACAGGAGCAGCUCAAGCAGAAAGACUCCAAUGAUAUUUUAAGCCGAAGAAAUCUCAACGUUAAGGACCUUCUGAGUCGUCUGAAGCAUCACAAUGGGACCGUAAGACGAACAGCAUGCGCUGAACUAUGCGAACUGAUCAAAAUCCGCACGGAGGAUAUAAUCCAGCGACAUCUAUCGCCAAUUUGCCUCGCCAUCAGUGGCAUGAUACAGGACCCGGAUACCAAAAUUCGGAAAACUGCCCUAAAAACCGUAGAGGCGAUUCUAGACAACGUCCCCAGCGUGCGGCUGUCGCCGUUUUUCCACUAUUUCACCUUGAAUCUGCGGUGCGCAAUGACCGACAUCAAUCGCAACAUCCAAGAAGAUUCGCUAUUGUUUCUGGACUGUUUCAUCAGGAAAGGCGGUGGCCCGAUGGAGAAAGCAGCAGAAGAAAUGCUCCCUGACUUUCUGGCGCUGGUUUCGAAGCUGCGCAACGACUCAGAAAUCGGUCGAACGCUCACUCUGAACCUGGGCAGCAAGCUGACCAGCGUAGAAUGGCGCAUCAAGGUUCUGAGUCGAUUGCAGGCAAUUUUCCGCAUCAUUUUGGUCGCCAAAGCACCCCCACCAUGUGAACCGGCACCGAUCUUCUCCGUGGACCGACAGCCCUAUUUUGGACUCUAUAAGACCAAGUUGAUGGACCAAUUGGAUGGUCCCGACUUUGGCAUAUACUCCCAUAAGUCCCCGCAACCGGACUUAAUCAAAAAGCACCUGAUGAUCGUGGUUCCUUUACUGUUUGAAUCGUGGCUGGAAGGGAGGCCUGAACAGGAGGCGACGACAGGCAAGCGGACGUGGCUGGGAGAGAGGUCUGAACAAACAGCGCUGACAGGCAGCUGUGUGCUGACUCAAGAAGCGGGCGCUUUGCUCGCCUGCAUCACCAACACUCUCCACUCACUGUGGCAAUACGUAAAAAUUCCGGAUAGUCCCUACGCCUUUGACAUGAACACCGUGUUUUUGGGGCCGGAAGGCCGCAAGUUUCUCAGUCAUCUCCUGAGCAACUUUCCCUACUCUUACUCCGGAGCGCGAUCCAGAGUAUCCAAGAGCGAAUGGAACGUUAUGGAGCACAACAACGACCCCAAUUGCGUGCGCGAAAACCUACUGAUCUGUUUCGUGUAUCUGAUGUUGUACGUGAAUUGCACCGAAAAGAACUUGGCAAAGGAAAUGGCAAUCAUCAUGCCCUACCUGAAGAAAAUCAUGCUUCAUCAGAGGCAACUGAAGGAAGAAAGCAGCGCCUGUUUGCUGGACCUACUAUCAGAGUGUUUCGGCAAGAACUACCGCAAGUGGCAACGGAGCGGCAUGGACUUAUCGGCGCUUUUAGAGGACGUCGUGGCGUUUUACAGGAGAGAUAAAGUGUUGAGCGAGCCCAAUAAGCUGCGCCUUAGUCAGAUCCUGGCUAAUGACAUUUUCGACAAUCCCCUUUUGAACAAAUCUGCGAGCUACCAUCACUGGCUGACCACAUUGCCCGACAUUCUCUGCCAAACCCCGGUGCCUAAGGCGAGUAUCGAGACCAUUCAUAGGCUCUUCCAGAAGAAUUGUCAGCCCCUUCAGGAGGCGUUUCAUAAGAAACUGCCGGACAUCCUAGCUAAUUUAGACAACAUCCAAAUGGCUACCCCUGAAGAUCUGGACGCAGCCAGAAGGACUUUGAGUUACACCAUCUACUAUAUGCCCUCCUACUCUCAGGAGGAGCACAGUAUGCUGCAGCAGUUCAUUGACUCGUCUACUACCAGCUUAGGGAAAUAUAUCCGGGAGAGUAUGCAGCAGAGGUAA